GACAUCAACUGUCAAAACAAAACCUGAAACUUUGUAAGGUUAUGUUUUCAAGCUGAUUGUUGAAAAACUUAAUUUUCAGUGUAAUAGAAGUAUAUACGCACGAUAGACAACUUACCACCAAGUUGUCAUACGUCCAUAAUACACUAUAUCUAAUUGGAAAGCUCAGCUAAACCUUGUUUGUGUCAACUAUCUGUGCACUAAAAAAAUACAUAUGAAAAUAUGCCGAGUUGCGCGUUAAUCUACUGUAAUACACGUUAUGGCACAACGACUGGACCAAACUGCGGUUUGUUUUCUUUUCCGAAACUAAAUAGACAGGAACGCGAAAAAUGGGUCAAGUUCGUGCAGAGUGAGCGCGGAGAAAAAAAAUGGCUUCCGUCCGCUGCAUCAAAGUUAUGUUCCAAGCAUUUUAAAAAAGAUGACAUUUACCGUGGAAAGACUGGCCGGUUGAUGUUGAAAAAAGGAGCCGUGCCUUAUUCACGUGUAAUUGAAUCAGCGAAUAAAACGAGGCAGGUAUGUCCGAGCUGUCAUGCGACGCUUCCUGACUCCUUCCAAGCUACUCAGUCUAGACAUAAGCAAGUGAGAUCAAUAAUAGCGAUGGUAUAUCACUUCUUGGAGCGCGAGUACGAACAGUUGAAGAGCUUGCACCCGGAGACGGACUGGUCUCCGCUGAGCAGGGUCAGGCAGCGCGCGGCCGUCGCCACCGGCGUCUCGGAGCCCGACGUGCGAGACAUACUUAGCGAGGAGGCUGACAGGCAAAAAAAACCUCCCAAUAAACGAGCUAGAACGGCCCACGAGAGUUCAUCUGACGACGAUUAUGAUGAUGAUGAUGAUGGAACAAGCAAUGAUGAUGACGACAGUGACAAACAAACUGAAGAUUUGAUGGAGGAAUCGAGCGUCUACAUAGGUAACGUGAAGUCUGAACCCAACCCACUACAGGAGACUGAACCAGAAACGCUAAUUAAUAAGAAAGAACCAAAAACUAUCACAAAUGAUUCUGUACCGGAAAAAGAAUGUAAGAAACGAGAGCGGCCAAAUAAACCUGAGAUCCAAGAUAUCAACGGCUCGAAAACAAACAGCUCUGCUGUCGAGGCGUGCAGCGAUGACAUAGUGCGACGAGACAAACAGACAACUAUAUCUCAACCAGCACCACAUGUGCACACUCACAGGCAGAUUACAAAAGAAGUGUCAAGUUCAACUCGCUCGAGUACGGUAGACAAUAUGGAGACAUCAACUGAGGACCCGUUAAUGCUGUUAACAGAACAAAUAUCUAUUAUACAGGAAGAGGGAAUCAGUUAACUGUGGUCCCUCGCAUCACACUUAUCUUGAUAUACGUAUUGAAUGCUAGCAACCGACUGCAACUGUCGACCGCACAUGCCGCGACUGCAUGCAGUCGGCCGCAGCUGCACUACUGGGGCCCGAUUCUCCUAAUUUUACUUAAGCAACAUACGAUUCACUUUCGACUCGAUUCGACUGAUAUCCAAUCCCGACUCGAUUACGAUUGAAGCGUAUGUGGCAUUCCGCAAUGUUUUCUUUGAAAUAAACGUUUUUAUCCUUUUCUGUCAUUCAAUAAUGAAUCAUUUUGUCUGCAAAUGAUUUACGAUUGCAAAAUGAUUGUACAGCAAACUACCGUAUAGACCAAAAUCACCAAAAUAGCAGACCAAUCGCACACCAAUCAAAUGUCAAUCGAAUACGAUUGGUCUUUUAUUAGUAGCAGAAUGCCCGAUAUGGUUAAAACUGCUAUUACGAUCAUAUUGCGAUUCGAUUUCUAUUCGAUUUUGACAUUAUUAACUUAGGAGAAUCGGGCCCCUGGUGUGAAGAUACCUAUGUAUUUACAUGAAACCGUUUUGGCUCGAAGCGGCAGUAGCAUAUGCAAAUCAAAUCAAAUCAUUUAGGCCUUUACAAGCACUUAUGAACUUAACUAAGUUUGAUCCUAGUUGCCCAUUCCAAAGUAGCUUCCUAUGGAGAAGAACGGGCAAGAAACUCCAUGGUUACUCUUUUUAAAAAUAGUAUGGUAUUACAUUUUGUAUGUAUUGAAAUAUAUUUUUGUUUGUAUGUGAAACAUAUCGACCGAUUUCAUAGAGUGGCUGCAAAUGCUGUCGACAGCUGGCUUUCAAAAGGUUCCUUUAGUUAGAAUUAGGCAAAUAUCAGAACUAUUAAUCUAUCUAGAUUACUAUUUUUUUAUCAUAUCAGUAGUUUAUAACAAAAAUAAUAUUACUUAUGUUAAUUUCUUUAUUAAAUAAAAAAAAUAUGAGAAACAUGUGUUUUUUCUUUUCCCGCCUUUUAUUUUGACAGUUUGUUUUCUAGUUGACAGUCUGACUUUAACACUCCUACAAAGUCAUUAAAAUUAUGGCCACUAGAUUAAUCAAUACAAAUAGAUGAAGUGUAUUUUAACAACUGUAAUGCCAUCCUAGUCACGCAAAUAAAAACUCGUAUAAGAAGAAAUAAGAUGGCAAUGUUUUUGUCAAUAUGUCUAUUUCAAGCUGCGUUCCAGCCCUCGCUGUCAAACGAGUGUCAAAAAGGCCGCUAUGUCAAAUUGUUAAUAUUGUUUGUUUUGUUGUGAAGUUCAGUUCGGUUCUUAAAUGUGAAGUGAGGACGUAUUUUCUUCAUUUGUUAUUUAUAAAUACAAAAACUUUUAAAAUAAUUAUCGUAUAAUAUUGAAGUGUAUUGUGUGUGAAAUUGUAAUAAACAUGGCGCCUCAAUUGUCGCAGACACAGAGAGAGCACAUCAUAGCGCUGAGAUCCAGUGGGUGUCGCGUGACAGACAUAUGUCGCCUCACUGGUAUUACG